AUGCCAGAAGACCCACCUCAAAAGGAUCUUAUGGAAGAAACCAAAGAACCUCAUCCUACCCCUAGUACUAAGGUCCCCGGUAUCUAUCCCUCACUUAAAAGUUUAAAUAAGACCUCCUUCGAUGAUAAACUCUCCCCAGAAGAUCAAGAAACCCUUGAUGAACAGGCUGCUCAUUGCCACGAUGGCGAAGAUCCUUGGGCCCAAAUCCAAGUCGCCGGUCUUAAGGCUUGGCGCCGUCUCCCCCCUAAGGAUUCUGCCACUACCUCUCUAGCCAAAAUUCGCCAAGGAGCUGACGAGCCUUACAGUGAUUUGAUCAGCCGCCUCACGGACGCCGCUGAAAGAUUAGUGGGGGGAGGUGAAACGGAAAGUGCCUUUGUGAAGCAUCUCGCUUAUGAGAAUGCUAACCCUAUCUGUCAAGAGACAAUAAGACCUCAUCGAUGUGGCAAUCUCUCUGAUUAUAUUAAACUUUGCUCCGCAAACUAUCCCAUGACAAUGGAUCUUGUAGAGAAGAACAUAAGAAAAUAUAGUGAUGAUUUUUUACAGUAUGGUUUUACCUCAAUAAUUACAACAGGAAUUGAGAAACAGCAAUGUGUUAUUUGUUGUGAAGUUCGAUCAGCCGAAUCUAUGACGCCGAAGAAACUAAAAUGCCAUUUUGAUAGCAAGCAUCUGAGCUUUUCCAGCAAGGAUACCAACUAUUUUAGAAGCAAGAAAGCCAGACUUGACACUGGUGGCAAGUACCACAAACAAAAUGUAGCAGCCAUUGAAGCUUCAUAUUUGGUGGCACUCAGAAUUGCCAGAGCUAUGAAACCUCACACCAUUGCUGAGGAUUUACUGCUGCCAGCGGCCAAAGACAUUGUUCAAGUUAUGAUUGGAGAUGAAUUUGUUAUGAAAUUGAGUGCAAUUUCCUUAUCUAACAACACUGUCCGCAGAAGAAUAGAUGACAUGUCUGCUGAUAUUCUUGAUCAGGUAAUCCAGGAAAUUAAAUCUGCUCCACUUCCAAUAUUUAUUAUUCAGCUUGAUGAAUCUACAGAUGUUGCAAACUGUUCACAGUUACUGGUUUAUGUGAGGUAUAUUAAUGAUGGCGACUUUAAAGAUGAGUUUCUUUUUUGUAAACCUCUUGAAACGACAACUACUGCACGUGAUGUAUUUGACACAGUUGGUUCAUUUCUGAAAAAGCAUAAGAUCUCUUGGGAAAAGGUUUGUGGUGUUUGCACAGAUGGUGCUCCAGCUAUGCUAGGAUGUUGAUCUGGAUUUCAAUGUUUGGUACUGAAUGAGUCACCAAAAGUCAUCGGAACUCACUGUAUGAUUCAUCGGCAAAUAUUAGCAAUGAAGACACUGCGACAAGAGUUACAAGAAGUAAUGAAAAACCUCAUAAGUUCUGUCAAUUUUGUAAAGGCGAGCACUUUAAACAGUCAACUGUUUUUGCAACUGUGCAAUGAGUUGGAUGCGCUGAACAAUGUUCUGCUAUUUCACACUGAAGUGAGAUGGUUGUCAAGAGGAAAAGUUUUAAACCGUGUUUUUGAGCUUCGUGAUGAACUCAAAACGUUUUUUAAUCAGAAAGCAAGACCACAGUUCGAAGCACUUUUCAGUGAUAAAAGUGAACUGCAGAAAAUAGCUUACUUGGUUGACAUCUUUGCCAUCUUGAAUGAAUUAAAUUUAUCACUGCAAGGACCAAAUGCAACAUGCCUUGAUUUGUCUGAAAAGAUCCGAUCAUUGCAAAUGAAACUUCAGCUUUGGCAAAAAAAAUUAGAUGAAAAUAAAAUUUACAUGUUGCCUACCUUAUCUGCUUUCUUUGAGGAACAUGACAUUGAACCAGACAAAAGGAUUACAAUGAUAAUUUCUGUGAAAGAACACUUGCACAUGCUUGCAGACGAAAUGUCAUCAUACUUUCCAAAUCUACCUGACACCCCAUUUGCACUUGCCAGAAGCCCAUUCACAGUCAAAGUUGAAGAUGAUCCUGAGACACCACAAGAGGAAUUCAUUGAACUUAACAGCGAUGCAGUGAGAACUGAUUUCUCUACAAUGCCAGUUACAAAAUUCUGGAUCAAGUGUUUGCAGUCAUAUCCUGUUCUGUCUGAGACUGUGUUGCGCCUUCUUCUUCCAUUUCCAACAACAUAUCUUUGUGAAACAGGGUUAUCCAGCUUGUUGGUUAUCAAGUCUAAAUACAGAAGUAGACUUGUGGAAGAUGAUCUUCGCUGUGCUCUUGCAAAGACUGCCCAGAGAAUUUCUGAUCUGGUGAGAAAGAAGCAAUCUCAAGCUUCACAGAGACGUUAG